AUGGAUAGGCUGCUUUAUGAAUAUAAGUACUUUAUCAAAGCGUUUAUUAACGAUAUUAUAAUCUUCUCCAACUCGUUUAUAAAUCAUCUAAAGCAUUUUAAUAUAGCUCUUAGCAUCUUUGAUAAGAAGGAGAUUUCUAUCUUUCUUACAAAGAGUUACAUUAGCUUUCCCUCUAUCAAACUGCUUAGCUUCUAUAUUAAUGCACUUGGCUUAUUUACUACGAAGGAGCAUACUGAAGCCUUUUAG